AUAGGUUAAGUUUGACAAUAUGAUCAAAGAAGAAGCUGAGGGUGGAAGAGAAGACAUGUUAAUUGAUGGGUGUGAACCUGAACAGAGGCAACAGAAUGCUGUUCCUGAAGGAUUUAAUGCCAAUUAUCUUAAAUUAUACUAUGGAAAGCUGUUUCCACACAUUGAUAUCUUUAAAUGGAUGUCCUAUGGAAAUGAUGGGAAGCAUCCGGCUUGUGAUCCAUCCUACUUUGGCAGAAGAGAAUUUUCCUUUACCCUGGAAAAUGAUAUAUAUUUGCGGUUCCAGUCCUUCAACAGUGCGGCAAAGUUGGAGAAUUCCAUCAAAGACAAGUGCCCAUUUAAAAUUGAUAUUGGGCCUGUGCACAGUGUAGAUCCUGCUAAAAGACACGCCUACGCACAAUCUGGUGAUAAUGUUUUCACUCCAGUGGAGAGGGAGCUGAUUUUUGAUAUUGAUAUGACAGAUUAUGAUGAUGUUCGAUAUUGCUGCUCAGGAGCAGAUGUUUGCCUUGAUUGCUGGCCAUUGAUGACUAUUGCUAUUAAAGUAAUUGAUACAGCCCUUAGAGAUGAUUUUGGUUUCAAUCACAUUCUUUGGGUAUAUAGUGGUCGCCGGGGUGUUCAUUGUUGGGUUUGUGAUGAGAGAGCAAGAAGGUUAAGUAAUGAUCAGAGGGCUGCAAUUGCUGAGCAUUUCUGUGUCUACAGGGGUAAUGAAAAUAGUCGGAAGAUAGUUUCUUUUCAAGGCCCUCUUCAUCCUUUUCUAGUAAGAUCAUAUACAGAAGUUCUGAAAAUUUUCUUUGAGAAGAAAUUGCUUUGUGGGCAACAGCUGUUUGCAACUGAGGAGAGAUUCGAAAAGAUUCUAAAUAUGAUUCCGGAACAAUCUAUUGCUUCUAAGCUUUGGGACAAGUGGCAGGAGACCCAUCGGUCGUCUGCAUCAAACGAAGACAUUAAUGUUAUUUGGUGGGAGCAACUAAAACAUCUCCUACAGUCUGGAAAACAGAAGAGGCUUCGGAAGUGUGUCGAAGAGAUUAUAUUCACUUAUGCCUAUCCCAGGAUUGAUAUGGAGGUUUCAAAACACAUGAAUCAUUUGCUGAAGGCACCAUUCUGUGUGCACCCGAAAACAGGCCGUGUUUGUGUUCCGAUUGACCCCAGCUGCUGUGAAGAAUUUGAUCCUACAACUGUACCAAUGCUUUCCACGCUUCUGGAAGAACUCAACAUGGGCGGUUCAAGAAUUGAAAUUGAUAAUGAAUUGGAUAGAACUUCACUUGGCAAAUCAAUCAGGUUUUUCAGAUCAUCCUUCUUGCAGCCUCUACUGAAAUCUUGCAAGGAGGAGAUGGAAAGUUCAUACAAUGCCAAUAUUCAGCAGUCCAAAAACUCGUUAAGCUGGUAAUGUUUCUCAUAUAAAUUCUGUUACCAUGUUACAAAUAUUGGUUCCACAUCUCUCUGUUCUACCUCUGAAAUAGAGUUGAAGUUUUAAUGUUUUAUGGGAUUUUAGUAAACAUCUCUCUCAAGUAUGUAAAUAUCAUGUAUUCCUCCCCAACAGAAAGAAGGAAAAAAAACAAACAGUAUUUGUUGUCAUACUUGUUCCAAAGCCCAUGCUAUUUUGAGGUAGAUGGAUUUUUGAUGCACCAUUUAAAAUAGUUUCUGAC